AUGUGGUAUUGUGAACAAUUUUUAUACCAAGUGCCUCCUGCAUUUGUCGAAUCUGCUAAAUCUGCUGAUCUUCUUGAUAUUAAUUUCUGGGGUAUCCUAAGUUUGUAUCACUUUAACCAGUAAUUCUAAUCAUUGUUUAUUUCUGAAAACUAGUAAUUAUUAUUGAAUUAUCCAUUUAAAAUUAAUUGGUUUUAUAAAAACAGGAUUUCAAGAGUCUCAUAUAUUUCCAUCAGUUGGGCAUGUAAAGUAAAGUUAGGAUUACUGUAAUCCUUGCAUGAUACAUUAAACCAAUACUUAAAUAGUUGUUAUAUUAUAAAAAAACAGUAUUAUCAAGAAGAAUAGCAAUUACUUGUUGAGUAAGCAAUCUCUAAAAUUCCUAAACAACCUUUAUCCUAAGAAGCAUCUAGAGAGAAGCCGUUCCUAAGAAAGAUACAGCUAGACAAUUUUCAAAUCAAGAUGCAGUAAUAUACUAAAUUGACUAAGCGAACUAACAUUAUAAUAACAGCCAACACACAUAACAAACAAGCCAAAGAAAAUUAUUAUAUAAUAAAAUACCGUUCAAACACUCAUCAUAAUUCAGUCACUAAGGAUGAAUAAAGCAUUUCUUGCGUUGUAGUAAGAUGCAGCCUCUAUCAGAAUAAUAAAUGCAAUAUCUAUAGGUAUAUCCUGCGUCAACUCCACAUGUUGCAAUAAAUUAGGGUUUUCAAGACAUAUAUCCUCUCACAAGUUUUAGCAACUAUUAACAACCAAUUUGAUUGCAGAGUAAAAGGUAUAAAUUGUUAUUUUUUAACCGUAAGAUAGGCAAAGUCUUUCACACUCACACCAAUAUAACAUAACUCAUUUACAUAAGCUUUGGAUUUGAACAAGAAUAGCAGAGGUAAAGAGGAACAGUCUAAGGAUAUGGACAUAAUAUCUCGAAAUAAUGCACGACUAUUAGAAUGGCAUAUUAAGUGA